GGGAAGGGAGGGAAAGGUCAAAAAUAUCAACAGCCGAUCCAUUAGCAGAAGAAACCGUCUCGAAUUGGAGAAAAUGGACUUAUUCAUGUCAUCGUCGUGCGUUUAAAUUUCUUGGAUAUCCUUGAUUGACCACAUUUACUGCCAUGCUUCAAUUUAAUAAUUCUUCAAGAUGUAAUUGUCUCUAGGGGAAAAAUAGCUAACCUAAGAAAUUUCCAUCACAAGACCAUAGGAAAUUCUUUUUAAAUAUCAGAAGCGAUGCCAUCAACAGCCAAUCUUGAGGCCAGGUCCCUCAUGGAUGACGUACAAACAGUCCCUGAAAUCAUCUCUGCAAAACAACCAAAAACAGGAGAGAAGGCAGAAAAACCAAAUCUGAAAGAUGUCGAGAAUAAUUUUGUUGGUCUCUCGACCAAAGAGGCUUUAAGUCAACUCUACACUGAUAUUCAUGAUCUCCUUCGUGAACAACUUUUGGCCAAGGAACAUCAACACAAAUACUCUUGGUUAUAUGAAACUUUAUAUUGUCGAAGCAAUUAUACAACAAUAUGUUGGACUUCUGCUUUGGCUCUGCUCAUAUGUAGUGUUUGUAUGCUUGUUAGCUAUGUCUCUUCUGACCAUCCGAGGUUGGGUACGUUACCUUUAGAAGCCACAUUGGUAUUUAUUUUGACUAUAGUAAAUGUUUCUGCUGUUGCUUGGGAUAACAAAUUGAGACACAAUGAAAUACCUCUGGGUGUUUCUGCCCUCUUACACAAAGUUAAAGAGGCUGUGGAGUGGAGUAACUGGAAGCCUGAAAAUUAUCCACACCUAUGCUCACCACUGUCACCCUGCAUAACUCUUCAGUGGACCCAUCGUGAUGGAAAGCUGGUGAACUUGCCAUGGGCCUUGUUAGUUGCUGGGGAUGUUGUUGUUAUGAGACCUGGUCAACCUGCACCUGGCCCUUGCUCUCCUAUUGAUGCUGAUAGAGAUUUACCGAAUCUUCAAACUGGAGAACUGUUUAGUCCAGCUCCUAGCAAGAGGACUGAAAUAUUUUCCCUGCCAACUUCUCGUGCACCUCUCCAAAACGAAGAAUAUGUACUGAAGCAAACUCCAUACAUAAAUAACUUACGUAUUGCUAUGGAGCAAGCUCUAAAUCGGCCUAUCACAUAUUACAAUAGCCAACGGCAUAAUCUCAUGCUUAAAUACGUUGAGCUAAUUUUUCUACCCACCAUACUGAUACUAGUGCUUCUUGUCAAUUUAGUAAGACUUGGAUACCUUCAUCAUUGGGUUUCAUCUGGAUCAUGGAUUGAAAUGCUUUUGUUACAACCUGUUGCUAUUGUGCUUCCUCUUUUACCUUUAGUAUUCCCCACAACCUGGCUGCUCUUAAAUUGUCUUGGAAUGGCUCGUCUACUUGCCAUACUAGAUCUUUCACCUCAUGAAAAUAAUAAGUGUUUAGAUCCAUUUGAAGAUGUUGAAGCUGAACCUCAACAAAACCCAUUAAGACUAUCAUGGCAAUCAAUUCGUAAUCAUUUUUCCAGUGUUCUUCUAGGAACUGAGCCAAUUCUUUGUCGAUCUGCAAACAUUUUGCAUGUUUUAGGAUCUAUGACAGCUCUUUGUUGCGUGGAUAAAAAAGGAAUAUUGUCCUGGCCCAAUCCUACUGCUGAGAAGGUAUUUUUUCUACGCAAUGCCAGUCCUACAUCACAUUCAUCAAGUCUUGUCAGUGAAGAUGCUGCUCUGUAUACUGACACUGGUGCAGUUGCUAACUCAAUGGAAGUGGUGGAUGCAAACGAAGACACAAAAAUAGGUGUUAGCAAUAAUGAAUCUUCAACUGUAGCUGAGGUACUUGACCUGACGCAUGAUCACUCCAGUCCGUUUCGUCUUCAAUUUGAUGACCACACAUGGAAGCAGUAUUUAUCUUCACUGAAACCCUUGGGUUUGGCAAUCCUUCUAAACACUUGCAACAUGGCAACCCAGGAACACUAUGCUGCUUUUUGUGCACAUGUGACAUGUGAAGCUCUGCAUGAUGAAGAUCUUGUUCCUGUUACAAAUCGCAGGAACCAUCCUAUUGCUGGGGAUGCUGCAGCACUUCCUGCAGUCAAUAAGUGCUUGUGUGAGCUGGCUAAGCAAAUUGGUUUUGUUGACAAAGCCCAAGAUUUGUUUCAACUGCAACAGCAACUAUCAACUUUCAGACAUGUGCAACCAGAAUUAGCAAGGCGAGAUAUUAAGUUUGCACGCUCAUUGCCUAUUGCUACGAAGCUGAAGUUUCCCUUUCCUCAUAUGGUGGCAGUAGUUGUUCAGGAACAAACAAGCCAUUCACUGCAACUUAUGUCCCAAGGUACAGCUGAUAUUAUUUUAGACUCUUGUGUUGAGUAUUGGGAUGGUCGUGAUUUGUGCACACUGUCUCAGUCAGACAGGAAGAAAGUUUUGGACUUUUACCAGCGCUCAAGUCUCACAGCAUAUUGCACUGCAUUUGCUUACCGUCCUCUUUCUAGGGCAAUAAGUCCUGCCCUUGGAAAUGUUUAUCUGGAGCUACCAGCAGACAGUCGCCAUUUGUAUGCUCCUCACAGAAGUCCAACUCCGUUGGCAUUGGAUAGCAAGUCCAAAGGCCUCCUGGCAAAUUUUCAAUCAACUGAUUCUCUGUUUGGCUAUGAGACAAAAGAAACAGAAGUUACCAGUGUGGAAGAAUGUUUUGAGUUGCAGUGUAAUCAAGUGUUUGUCGGCAUGGUCACAAUGCAGUACCAAGCACAAAUUGAUAUGGUAAAGCUGAUUGAGCAACUGGAAAGAGCUUGUGUACGUUUUGUACAUUUUAGUAAAGAAAAUGAAUUGCGCUCAAGAGUUUUUUCAGAAAAAAUGGGAUUGGAAAGUGGUUGGAAUUGUCAUAUUUCCCUUCUCAGUGAGCGCAACAGAUCAGGCAGUGAUACGAGUGAUAUCAGACCGGGUCCCUCUCGAAACUACUCUAAUGCUCGCCUUGCAUCCUCGGUCAAGCAACAUAUCAACUUACCCCUGCAAUUUAUUCCACCACGUAGCAAUCUUCCAGCAUCAAGAACAAUGAGUUUGUCAGCACCUAGUGCUAUAAAUUUAGAACAUUCAUUUCCUCCAAACCCACCUGACUGGGAAACAAGUAACAACAGGGAUGGUUGUGAUGAUGAAGGUCUUGCUAGCCAAGAUAGUGUCGCGUUGAAUGAAGGUCAACCAAACCAAGAGGCUUGGCGUUCUCUUAGUUGCCUAACAGAUUCCACUGAACAAAGUGCACCAAUUAAUUUUGAUAUGUCUAAUAGAGCCAAAUUACCUCGUGGAAUAGAUAAAAUACGUCCUCAUCUUGAACAAAUUGAUAAUGUUCCCUUACUUGUGUCUCUGUUUACUGAUUGUACUCCUGAUGCAACUCGUGAAAUGUUACAUAUAAUGCAAGAAUAUGGAGAAGUUGUUUGUGUUCUCGGUUCGGCGGCUAAUGCUGAGAACAUGGGGAUUUUCCUACAGGCAGAUGCUAGUAUUGCCGUGGAACCAUUGUAUCCACAAGUUUGUCAGAAAGUUGCGGUAUUAAAUCCGGUGACAAAUGGAAAAGGUCCUGGGCCUACAGAUCUCAGUCGUGCUUUGAAUUCUGUUGCCUGCUCACUUAGAUUUAAAAGAGAUAACCCUAUUUCACUUUUCCAACUGAUAAUGGAAGCUCGUCACUUCAUGCAAUGUGUUUGGAAUUGUGUUCAAUUCUGGGUCUGCUGUGGCGUUUCCUUAAGCACGCUUCAAACAUUGGGAGUGUUCCUAAUGCUUCCUCCUCUGUUCACUACUGGUCAGGUUAUGUGGUUUGUGUGUGUCAUCAUUCCUGUUCUCUCACUAUCUCUUGUGGGAAGUCCAAUUGACUCUCAAGUAAUGCAAAGACCUACCAGUAAUAAACAAGGAGCAGUUAUAUCAUCUAAAAGGGUGGCAAUUUUUGUUGUCUGGUGUUAUGGGGCAAAAUUUUUGCCUACAAUUAUAGUAGUACUUCUACUGUAUGCAGUGACAUUGGAUUCAUUUUGUAAAGAAAUGGCUUUGGCACGCAAUGAAACUUGUACUAUGGUGUAUCCUACUGUUGAUCCUGAUGCUUCUCUGAAAUGGGGAGGUUGGGACAAUCACUUUUUUGGUUUGUUAAUUGCUCAACAUUUCUCUGUCAUGGUGCUUCUUCUUCAUUUUGUAUGCAUUUCCAUAAGUUUUGUCCACAGAGAAUAUUUGUCUUGGCAUAAGUGGCCACACAAUAAUGUUUGGUGGCUGUGUACAUCCCUUAUUGUGUUGUUAGUUCAAGCAGUAUACUCAGUCUUAUACUUAGGAGCAAUGUCUCUUGACGCUCAAGAAGAUGCUUCCAUUCUCAAUGUCCCUUGGUUAGCAAUGGUUUUAGCGCUCAUUUCACCUUUUGCCAUCUGUGUGAUUAAUGAAUUUGUAAAAUGGGAGGAAAUAAAGGCAAAUGUGCGUUACCAGAAGAGAGCACGUCUUGAAUUUGGGACAAAACUGGGAAUGAACUCACCAUUUUAAAUAUUUGGUAUUAUAUCUAAAGCUGUUAGCUGCCAAUUUCCUUAAUUCAUUGUUUCUGUAUAACAUAAUUUUCACUGUUGAAGAUGUAGGUUUGUCAGAUUAUGUGUCAUAUUAGAAAUUUAAUCUUGCCGUUUGAUAUGAAGUAUAACUCUUGUGAUAGAAUGAUAAUUAUUGAUUGAUGUGUCAUAUCAAUCACAAUAUUAAGAAGAUUUAUAUCUUUUGUACUUAUGCAGAUCAACUGAAUCAGGGCAGCCAAAGGUAUUUUUCAUUCAUUUUUCUGCUCCAAGCUGAACCAUCAAAACAGUUGUUCUGAUCUGAUGGCUGAACUGUGUACCUUACUUUAUCUGUCUUUUUUAAUGUGUUUCAUUAACAUAUCAUAUUAGUCAUUACAAUUCAUGUAAAUAGUUGAGUAAAUGUUCAGAACAAGCCAAACAAAAUAGGGCACUUUUGUGUUCAUUGGUCAUAUUCUUCUUGUUAGUCCAGUAUUUGAUUAUUUUUAAAGUCUUAUUGAGAUUCUAUCUGUAUACCAGGUGGCUGAUUAAGCCCGCUCACUUUUGUAGUUAUGCUGCACCGCACGCACGAGUGCGGGCGGGCUUGCCUAUCGCCCCUGUCCACGGCGCCUUACGAGCCGAGCGAGUAGGCAACCCGCCCGUACUCGUGCGUGCGGUACAGCAUAACUACAGAAGUGAGCGGGGUUUUUAUUUAAAUAUAUACUCUGCCGCAUACAGGCGUGCGGGCGGGCUUGCCUACCGUUGCUCACCGUGGUGCCUAGCGCCGUGCGAGUAAGCAACCCGCCCACAGAUGUAGAUACAGCACAAGGAAAAAAAAGGAAGUGAUAUGUGGUCUACGGGACACCCUGUAUUGUGGACUUACCAUACCAAUAUUGUUUAGCGAGCAUUUGUCAAUUCUUAUCUGGCACUAUAUAAGUUAUUUCUGAUUAUUGUCCUCCCUUUCUUCCGUGACUGAGUGUAAAUCUAUUCAGUAGAGUUUAUCACCACAAAGUACAAAACUGACAAAAGGUGGCCCUCCAACGGAACAAGGCAUCCAUCACCCAUCAUCUCAGGUUUUGUGUUUUGUCAUGGAGCAUGUGUUUGCUAAAUGUAAAUUGGUAGUUCAGUAUUGCAAUAAAUAUGUUUCCACAAAUUAUGAGGGCAUUUUGGUGCCUCUUUGAUGGACCCAUCAGGACCGAUCAUUUAUGAUCAGAUCAGUAUAGUAUGGUACGUUUAUCGAAUAAUUUUGUUUACCAUAAAUUUGCAUUUAGCAAACCUGUGUUGAAUUAGUAAUGACAAAACCUUGAGUGAUGGGUGAUUGGUUUCUGGUUCUAUUGGAGGGCUGCCCAAAGAUUGUUCAUAGUAAUGUGUUCCUAUAAAGUUAUGUAACAAUAUUUUGUUGUGUUUCAGUUUAGACUUUAACUUAUCAAUUUAUUUAAUUUAAACAGCAAAACUUGUGUUGUAUUGGAUUUUUCUGAUAUUUCUUUAUGGCUGCUUAUGUUGUUUUUCAUUGAUAUUAGACCAAGCACCAGCUAUA